CUCCGCCUCACGCCCUCACUCCCCUCGCCGCAAACCCCAUCCGCUGUCUCGUUGCACCCAUGGCCUCCCCCGCCGCGGCCGCCGCCUCCUCCCGCGCGCGCCGCCUCUCCAGCAUCUUCUCCUCGUCCACGCCACGCGCCAAGCCACCGAAGCCCGAGCCCGCGGCGACCCCUAAAGCGCCCGCCGGCGAGGAGGCGAAACCCAAUUCGGGCCCCAAGCGCCGGAAGGCCCUCCGCAAAAUCCUACAGGACAUCUUCCGGGAGCGCGAUCCGGACAAGCUGGUGUCCGAGUUUAUCGCCGCGUCGACCGCGUCCCAACGCUUCCGCGACCGGCACCGCGUGUACGAGGUGGCCGUGUCCCGCCUCGCCUCCUUCGGGCGCUGCGACGCCGUCGCGGCCCUCAUUGACUCGCAGAAGCCCUUCCUCGAGGACUGCAACGAGGGCUUUGCCGUGCGCCUCGUCCGCCUCUACGGCCGCGCCUACAUGCCGUCUCACGCCGCCGCAACCUUCCGUGGCCUUCCCCCGAAGCACAAGUCCGUCAUGGCCUUCAACGCCCUCCUCGCCGCUUACGUCGAGGCCCGCGAGUUCGACGCGCUGGCCACCGCGUUCGAGGAGAUCCCGGCCUCCCACCCCACCGUUGUCCCCAGCGUAUAUUCUUACAACAUACUCAUCAGCGCGCUGUGCCAGAAGCCCAAUCUUUCGGCGGCUCUCGAUGCCAUCGCGCUCAUGGAGAAGUGCGGUCUGAUCCCCGAUAAUGUCUCUUUCAACACUCUGCUUAAUGGGUUUUACAACAAUGGUCGCUUUGAUGAUGCCGAGAAAGUCUGGGAGAUGAUGAAGGAGAGGAAUGUUGAGCCGGACACAAAGAGCUACAACGCAAAGCUGAGGGGUUUGGUUGCCGAAGGGAGGAUUGAGGAUGCAGUUGCUGUGAUUGAGAGGAUGCAGAAGGAUGGGCCAAAACCUGAUUCAGUGUCCUACAAUGAGCUGAUUCGAGGGUACUGCAAGGAAGGGAGAUUGGAUGAGGCCAAGAAGGUAUAUGAUGAUCUGGUAAAGAAUGGAUGUGCACCAAAUAGGGGCACAUUUCAAACCAUCGUGCCACGUUUUGUGGAGGCUGGGGAGCUUGAUCUUGCUCUCAAUUGCUGCCGUGAGAUCUUUAGUAGGAAGUGCAGAGUGCAAUGUUCGUUGCUGCAAGGGGUAGUGACUGCAUUGGUUGCUGCAUCAAGGGUGGAGGAGGCUAAAAGUAUCGUUGAGCUUGGAAGGAAGAACUACUAUCCUCGGAAGAGUUUGAAGAUGCCUCCACGUACUGGAGAAGAAAGUGAUGUAGAAGCAGAACCUGAUUUGGAAGAUUCUGUACUGUAUGAAGAGGGGUGCGACGAGGAAGAGGAGUCUAAAAAUGCCUGAUGGGGAUAUACCUUCGUAAGUUAGGAAUUGAUCAUGACAUUGAUCUGUCAUGAUGAUGCUAAUGGAAUUUGAUUAAAUAUGCUAUCUUGCUUUACUGUUUUGUUGGCCUGAAACGACAGAUGUGCAUGUAUAAAUGCAUUUUUUUGUACUUUAAUAAUAGAAUGCUUUAUCUUUCAUCUGUGCCGUAAGAUGCUCAGUAAAAGAACCUCUAUUCAUUUUACAAGAGAUUUGCAGCAAGCCUUUGUUCUUUAUCUAGAAUGGCCUUGUGCCUAUUUGUAACAUGGCAUCAAAAUUGUUAAUUGUUUGAAUGUUUUGUGUUUUGUUAUCA